CAUGUCCGCUAUGCUAAAAUCUCGCAUAAAAACUAUAGAUCCGAUAUAUAAUGAAGAUGUCCACGUAAAUAAAAGGCGAAAACGAUCAGCCGAAGUGCCUUAUCGCAGUAAACAGUAUUUAAAGGAUCAUUUUAUAUCAACCUUCUCUAAUCCCAAUUUCAAACGAUCAAGCAAGCCAAAGUGUGAUUUAGAAAAAUAUGGAGGUUGCAUAUUAAAAUACAGCAUUAAGACACAAUGUAAGGACAAAAAGAGUAAUACCAUAGCUAAAAUGUGGAAAUCUGAUCCACUAUUGAACGACCAUAAAGAGUAUGCUAACAGCGAACCAUAUGAAUUUAGAAUUCCGGAAGACGGAUACUAUUAUUUAUAUGGUCAAUUAUUGUUUAAUAUGAUUGGAAAUUCGCAACCUAAAUUCAACUUAAGCAGAAUUUCUGAUAAAAAUCCAAAGAAUCUGGUGUCGUGUAGUGUCGGAGAUGACAAUCAUCGAGCAAACAGAGAGAGGAUGUGUUUUACAAGCACAGUUGCGAAGUUGAGAAAAGGAGAAAAAAUUGCCAUAGUUAGCGGCAUGAUUUUCGCCUUCUACAUUUAUGAUUUUCAAAAUCGAUUGGAUGAAUUUGAUAAAUUAAGCCAUAACGUUAAGGAACAAUGUCAAUGUGGUAAGGACUUUAGACCUAAAAGCAAUAACAGAACAAGACGAGGAGUUAAUUCUCUAAGAUUAGAAUAUUUUGAAUCUUUGAAAAAAAAGUUUGCAAAAUGUCGAAGAAAGAGAAAACAGGUGCGUAAAGAGUUGGAGCUUAAGAAAACGGGAGGAUUACACUUGACUUCCGAAUUUAGCCAGCUAGAUGCAAAAUCUUCGUUCUUAAUUGCAAAAGACAGAAUUUGCAGGAAAGGGUAUGGAGGAUGUUUGAUAAAUAGAGUCGAGUUCAAGACCACCUCUUCUCUAUCUGUCACAAGUUCUGAUAUUGCCGUGAGAAUGUGGAAGAAAGAAUUUGAGUGGGGAAAUGUGGCCUCUUUAGAAAAUGGAGAGAUAAGAAUUAAAAAGCCGGGUAUUUAUCAAGUUUAUGCACAAUUAACCUAUUUGGACCGAACAAAGAGCUGGAGUUUUCAUGUUGAUAGAAUGAGACAUACAACGUUCUCGUCGGAAGACGGUAGAUCACUGAUGAAAUGUCUUUUUCGCGACCUUCGUCCUAAUUCAAAAAGUAGAAACGAGCAAUCUUGUUUCACAAGCGUGAUAAUGAAAUUGGAAACUAAUGAUACUCUCGUGCUCAAGAACUACUAUGCUGAUAGAUCAAUUGCUGUUCAUAGCUCCUUAUCCUUUUGGGGUGUAAUCCGAUUGAACGGAGCUUUGUAG